GUGGUAGCAAAAAAAGGUGGUAGCAUGUAUAAUAAAGUGUAAAGAGAAAGGUGGCAGACAUUGAGAAGUUGUGUCAAGUGAAAGAGAGAUCUAAACAAACCACAAAACAGAGAGAGGCAGAGAGAAGAAGAAGAAGAAGAAGAAGAAGAAGAAGAAUGAUUCGUCUUGGUUCAGAGUGUGUGCUUGUUGUGUUAUGUUGUUUCAUCAUCAUCAGCUUCGGAGCUCAUCUCUCAACGGCGUCUGACAAGCUCAUCCCAGGCCAGUCACUUUCCGGCAACCAGACAUUAACCUCUCCGGCAGGCAAAUUUGAACUGGGUUUCUUCACUCGAGGUAACUCUAACAAUCACUACAUAGGCAUUUGGUACGCAAAUCUGCCCAAUCAUACAGUUGUCUGGGUGGCUAAUAGAAACCACCCUGUUCCUGAUCCAGUUUCUUCAGAGUUUAGAUUCCUUGAAAAUGGAAACGUUACCUUGCUGGACCAGUCCAAAUCUUCAAUUUGGUCAACCCAGAAUUCUAUGUCUUCAGUGUCCAAAUCCGCCACAUAUACAGCAAGGCUUCUUGACAAUGGCAACUUUGUUAUUCAAGAUGCAUCUGGUGUAAUAUGGCAGAGUUUUGAUCACCCAACUGAUACUUGGCUCCCAGGUGGUGCCAGGCUUGGUUACAACAAGCUUACCAAUCAGAAACUAGCUCUCACUCCCUGGAAAAACCCACAAGACCCAGCCCCUGGAAUUUUUUCCCUUGAGAUUGAACCAAACGGGACAAGUUUUUGGUUGCUCUAUAAUGGCUCUCAACAGUAUUGGAAUAGUGGGCCUUGGAAUGGCAAAUCUUUUGCCCAAGUCCCUGAAAUAGAGCGGAACGAUCACAUAGCAAAUGUUACUUUUGUUUCAGAUGACAAGGGGAGCUAUGUUUCUUAUGAUUCUGCAGACCCUGACACCUAUAUUAGGUACAUGGUUGACACCACUGGGCAGUUCAAGGUCUAUAUGUGGGGGAAGGACUUCACCCAGUGGUUAUCAUUUUGGUUGAGGCCAACCGAAUUCUGUGAGGUUUAUGGAUUUUGUGGUGCUUCUAGCAUCUGCCAGCAAAACGCCAGUCUCUGUGUUUGCAUGGAGGGAUAUGAACCUAAAGUCCCAAAAGAGUGGGAAUUAGGGGAUCACACAGAUGGGUGUGUCAGGAAAGCACCUUUACAAUGCAUUACUGGAGUAGAUGAUACUUUUGUGGUAUCAGAUGUCCGCCUUCCUGUGAAUCCAGAGACUUUAGCAGUUGAUGACAGUGAUGAGUGCAGAUUAGCGUGCCUAAGAAAUUGCUCAUGUACAGCUUUUGCUUAUGAUAGUGGGUGUCUUGUUUGGGGAGGGGAUCUAUUCAACGUCAAACAAUUUACACCAGACGAGAAGGAGGGCAAGGACUUGCAUCUGCAAAUUCCAGCUUCUGAGAGAAUAGAGGGGAAGAAAGAGAACAGGACUCUUUGGAUCAUCAUCGGAGUACUUGGAGGUUUAUUUAUUGUUAUUACCAUUGUUGUGGUACUAUUUGUGAAGCAUCGAUGUUUUGGGGAAAAGUUAGAUACACUUGAUGGUUCCUUGGUGAUGUUCAGGUAUAGGGCUUUAAGAAAGGCAACGAACAACUUUUCGGAGAAACUUGGGGAAGGAGGCUUUGGUUCUGUUUUCAAAGGGACAUUGCAGGGAUCAAUUGCCAUUGCGGUGAAGAGACUCAACUGUCCCAAGCAAGAGGAUAACCAAUUCCUUACAGAAGUGAGAACUAUUGGAAAAGUCCAACACAUUAAUCUUAUUCGUCUUUGUGGAUUUUGUGCAGAAGCCUCAAAAAGAUUCUUGGUUUACGAAUACAUGCCAAAUGGGUCUCUAGAAUCUGUUCUAUUUAAAAACAGUUCCAUUGUCUUAGAUUGGAAAGCUAGGUACCAAAUUGCAAUUGGGACUGCUAGAGGAUUGGCUUACCUUCAUGAGGAAUGUAGAGAAUGCAUAAUACACUGCGAUAUCAAACCUGAAAACAUUCUCUUGGAUGCAGAAUAUGUCCCAAAAGUAUCAGAUUUUGGUCUAGCAAAGCUCAUAGACAGAGACAUUAGCCGGAUAAUAACAACCAUGAAAGGAACCAGAGGCUAUAUUGCUCCAGAGUGGAUUUCAGGAGAAGCUAUAACAUCGAAAGCUGAUACCUUUAGCUAUGGAAUGCUGUUAUUUGAACUUAUCUCGGGAAGGAGAAACAGAGAUCUAUUAGAUAAUGCUUUAGAAAAUUACUUCCCAACCCGUGUUGCCAAUGUGUUGAAUAAAGAAGAAGAUGUUGAUGCCUUGUUGGAUUACAGGUUAGAAGGUAAUGCUGACAAAGAACAACUGAGUAGAGCAUGCAAAGUCGCUUGUUGGUGCAUUCAAGACGACGAGAAGGGUAGGCCAACUAUGGGGCAGGUUGUUCAACUUCUGGAGGGAGUUAUAGACGCUGGAAUUCCACCAAUGCCAAAGUUCCUCGACCGCUUUUCUAAGAGUCUAGUUGAAUCCAUCAAUUAUCGGUACAUUACUUCCAGCAGUUCUGGUUCAUGUCAUCAUGAGUACUCAGAUAGUAUAUAUCAAGCUUAAAGCACUGACCGCAGUUACCGACUUGCCAUUCAUUUCUUUGUAUUACCGUUGCAUAUAUAUGUUUUCAUCCAUUUUCAGCUGAUUGUGAGUUCCCAACUCAAUCUCCCUUGUGGUUUUACAGUGUAUAUAUAUAUCAAUGAAAUGGAUUCUAGACUUCAGCUUU